CUAGUUGUUCUGUUGAUUUCGAUAGUCUAGGGCACUCGUGGUUCCUGUUACGAAUUGUUGGAGGUGAGAACAGGCUCGACUAGAGAUCAGCCGACGCUCGCUGAGAGCAGUGGAGCUGGGAACUGAAAGUACUGAAGUUCUCCAACCCAGUUACGCAAUAGUCGAGUCAUAUCUGUGUACGAUAUGAAGCUGGUAUGGAGCCGCUCACUGCAAGCAAUCCGGCAAGGCGGUUCAGAUGAUACCUCCACUAUGGAAGGCCGUAUCGAUGGCAUCGAUUCGAUGCACUAGUCAUCGUACUAUCAGAUUGCUAUUCACAGUAAAAAUAGGAUACACAUAUUUGAUGUGAUCAUACCCGAAGACCGAGAUGAGGAUUUACUCAAGGAGUCAGCGCCCACGUACCGCCUCGACAGCAUGAAGAAAUACCCCUCGUGGGUUUCGAACCCGGGUCUGUCCGGGUUGUCUCCCGUGUCGUAGGGCUUUGUGUUACGCUGAGGGUAGCUAACUCGUCCUACCGAACAUCCACAUCAUCAACCAAAUACAUAUUGUAUUUAUCUAUUUCAAGUAACAAAUAUGGUUUACGAAGCACCUCAUCUGAAGAUCAAGGAAGGUGACAUCAAGUCUGUUGUCUGCGCUGUCGGUGAUCCUGCCCGUGCUGAACUUAUUGCCACCAAGUACUGUGAUUCCUAUAAGGAGCUUGCUUACAAUCGUGAGUAUCGCACAUUCAAUGUGACGUAUCAAGGUGCUGAAUUCAGCGUUGCCUCUCACGGUGUUGGUGGACCCGGUGCUGCUAUCUGCUUCGAGGAGCUUAUCAAAUGUGGUGCCAAGGUUAUCUUGAGACUUGGUACUUGCGGCUCCCUCAAGCCGGAGACGAUUGAUCAGGGUGAUCUUAUCGUCACCACUGGCUCUGGUGCUGAGGAUGGUGUUUCUGAGUAUCUCGUCCCCAAAGGCUUCCCUGCUGUUGCUGAUCCUACCUUAUGCAUUGCUAUGCGUGAUACCGCCAAGUCCCUCGGAUAUGAUAGGGUCUUCUUCGGUAUUACUGUAGCUCAGUCGGUGUUCUAUCCUAGUCCUGCUCGUGAGCAGAGUCUCGCAUCCUAUGCUGCUGCCGGUGCUAUCGGUGCCGAAAUGGAGAACUCCGCUCUAUUUAACGUUGCCUCAAUCAGAGGUAUUCGUGCUGCUGCCAUUUGCACAGUUGAUGGAAGCCCAUUGAAGUGGGAUGAGGGUGACUACGAUCCGCAUGGCACUAAGGUCGCUGAGGGUAAAGAUCGUAUGCUCAGGACCGGUGUUACUGUUGCUAAGAGGAUUGUUCUUGAGAACCUUUAGGAAGGUUGUUUAUCCUCAUCAUUCAUAACUACCAUCUGAUAUUAAAUGAGUAUUAAUUUCUGUUCUGCUCUCC